AUGACCGCCGGCUUCCUGGUGAGCCUGACGGCGGCGCUGCUCUCAUUGUCCCUGUCCCCGUCUCCCGUAUGGGCAGCGACUCUAACGCAGGAUUUCACCGUGGCAUGGGUGACCGCGAAUCCCGACGGCGCAUUCCAGCGUCCCACCAUCGGCAUCAACGGAAAGUGGCCGCCACCUCUCAUCCGGGCGACAGUGGGCGACAGGCUCAUCCUCAACGUGCACAAUAACCUGGGAAACGCGAGCACGAGCGUCCAUUUUCACGGCCUCUUCCAGAACGGAACGAACUACAUGGAUGGCGCCGUGGGUGUCACGCAGUGCGCUAUACCGCCGGGGUCAUCUCUCACGUACGAUAUCAAGUUCGAACAACCAGGAACCUACUGGUACCACGCCCACAACGACGGGCAAUACCCGGAAGGCUUCCGGGCCCCCGUGGUCGUCCACGACCCGCAAGGUCCCCACGAGGGGAAAUACGACGACGAACUGAUCAUCUCCCUGUCGGACUGGUACCACCGGCCCGUGCAAUCCCUCCUCCAAGAGUUCAUCAGCGUCGAGAACCCGACGGGCGCCGAACCGGUCCCGCAAGCCGCGCUGCUGAACGACACGCAGGACCUGCAGGUCCGGGUCGACGCCGGCAAGACGUACCUGGUCCGUCUGGUCAACGUCGGGGCCUUCGCGGCGCAUUACUUCUGGGUAGAGGGCCACGAGAUGCGCGUGGUCGAGGUGGAUGGCGUGUGGACCCAGGAGGCGGCACCGGCGCAGAGGCUGUAUAUCGCGCCGGCGCAGCGGUAUAGUGUGCUCUUGACGACGCGGGAGCGCGGGGACGAGAACUUUGCCAUGGUUAGUGCGAUGGAUGAGGAGUUGUUUGAUGUGAUUCCCGAGGGGCAGAACUCCAAUGUUACGGGUUGGUUGGUGUAUGAUGAUGCGAAGCCGUUGCCGCGGCCCAAGACGGUGGAUCGGCUGGAUGCUUUCGAUGAUUUUGAUCUGGUGCCCGUUGAUGGACUGGGGCUUUUGGGGGAGCCUGAUUAUUCCAUCACGCUGGAUGCCAAGAUGGGCAACCUGGGUGAUGGUGCCAAUUACGCCUUCUUCAACGACAUGACCUACGUCGCCCCCAAAGUCCCCUCCCUCUACUCCGCCCUGACAGUCGGCCCAGACCACGCCGCCAACCCGCGCGUCUACGGCACCAACACCAUCCCCCACGUCCUCUCCCACAACGCCGUGAUCCAGAUCGUCCUCAACAACGGCGACGACGGCGACCACCCGUUCCACCUGCACGGGCACAACUUCCAGGUCAUCCACCGCUCCCCGCCCGACGCCGGCGUCUUCAUCGAGGACGAAGGGAUAUCGUUCCCCCCGGUCCCCAUGCGCCGCGACACCGUCGUCGUCCAAGGCAACGGGAACAUGGUCCUGCGGUUCCGCGCCGACAAUCCCGGCGUGUGGCUCUUCCAUUGCCACAUUGAGUGGCACAUGGAACAGGGGCUCGUUGCCACGUUCGUCGAGGCGCCGGCGGAACUGCGGCGGAAACUAAAAGACGGCGGGAUCCCGGAGGACCAUCUCGCGGCUUGCAGGGCGGCGGGGGUCCCGGCUGAGGGGAAUGCGGCCGGGAAUACGCGCGACGUGCUGGACCUCUCGGGAGAGAAUAGGGCGGUGCCGCCGCUGCCGGAAGGGUUUACGGCGAAGGGGUACAUUGCUAUGGCUGGGAGUUGCGUGUCUGCGUUGUUGGGCUUGGCGUCGAUUGCGUGGUAUGGCACCAUGGAUAUGGAGAAAAAGGGCGCAGGUGGUGAGAGUCCAGUCGCAGAAGACUGA